CCUUCGGCGGUGGGCCCGCGGCUCCGGCACCAUGCUCCGGCUCCUGGGGUUGUUGCUUUUGCUGCUGCUGCCUCCCCCGGGGUCCCCCGAGCCUCCCGAGCCCCCGGGCCUGGCUCAGUUGUCACCGGGGUCGCCUCCCCAGGCCCCCGACUUGCUCUACGCGGACGGGCUGCGAGCCUACUCGGCCGGGGCUUGGGCGCCCGCAGUGGCGCUGCUGCGAGAGGCGCUGCAGAGCCGGGCGGCACUGGGCCGCGCGCGCCAGGAGUGCGGGGNGAGCUGCGCGGCCGAGCCGGGCGCUGCGCUCCCCGCCCAGCUCCUCGGAGCCCCGCAUCCUGUCUCCCGGCCCGGGGUCUGGGAACCGCUGCUCCUGCGCGCCACGCUCCGCCGCGCCGAGUGCCUGACCCAGUGCGCAGCGCGGAGGCUGGGCCCGGGGGGCGCGGCGCGGCUCCGCGUGGGGAGCGCGCUGCGGGACGCCUUCCGCCGGCGGGAGCCUUACAACUACCUGCAGAGGGCCUACUACCAGUUGAAGAAGCUGGACCUGGCAGCUUCUGCAGCACACACUUUCUUUGUGGCAAACCCAACACACCUGCAGAUGCGGGAAGACAUGGCUAAGUACAGAAGGAUGUCUGCAAUCCGACCCCAGAGCUUCCGGGACCUGGUGACGCCCCUAUACUGGGUGAGGUCCUCAGUGCUGGCUGAAAUCUGCCAACUCCAGCCUGUGCAGUUUGAGCGUAUCUGGGUACCGCUCCUUGGCGGCACUGGAUUUCACUGUCAGGACCUCUGGGGACCUCAGCUUCAGGAUGGUGUCCUUUGGCACCAUUGUGCGAAGCUCAGGAGAUGGCUUACUGNCUCCUUCAGCUCUGGUUGCUUCUCCCUUCCCUCUCAUUUUCUCUCUGAUUCCUCUUCUUUGAACUCUGCCAUUGAAGUAGGGAAUGUGUCUCAGGCCAUGGAAAAUGUCCUGAGUGUCCUGCUCUUCUACCCAGAGGAUGAGGCUGCCAAAAAGGCUCUGAAUCAGUAUCAAACUCAGUUGGGAGAACCAAGACCUGGCCUGGGACCACGAGAGGACAUCCAGCGGUUCAUCCUUCGCUCCCUCGGAGAGAAGAGACAGUUAUAUUACGCCAUGGAGCAUCUGGGCGCUAGCUUCAAGGACCCGGAUGCAGCAGAGGCUGGAGCCAGGUCAGGCUACCGUGGCCGCCGCUCUCCUCAUAGUCCUCAUGAACGCUUUGAGGGGCUCACGGUGCUCAAGGCUGCUCAGCUGGCCCGGGCAGGGACUGUGGGCAGGCCAGGCGCUAAGCUGCUUCUGGAGGUAAGUGAGCGAGUGCGGAGUUUGACUCAGGUCUACUUUUCCCCGGAACGGCCACUGCAUCUUUCCUUCACCCACCUGGUGUGCCGAAGUGCCAUAGAAGGUGAACAAGAGCAGCGUAUGGACCUGAGUCACCCGGUUCAUGCAGACAACUGUGUCCUGGACCCCGACACUGGCGAAUGCUGGCGGGAGCCCCCAGCCUACACCUAUCGAGACUAUAGUGGACUCCUCUACCUCAAUGAUGACUUCAAGGGAGGCGAUCUGUUCUUCACGCAGCCCAACGCCCUCACUGUCACGGCUCAGGUCCGUCCUCGGUGUGGGCGCCUUGUGGCCUUCAGCUCUGGUGGCGAGAACCCCCAUGGUGUAUGGGCUGUGACUCGGGGACGGCGCUGUGCCCUAGCACUGUGGCACACGUGGGCACCUGAGCACAGUGAACAGGAGUGGACAGAAGCCAAAGAGCUGCUGCAGGAGGAAGAGGAGGAAGAAGAGGAGGAGGAAGAAAUUCUCAGCAGAGACCCUUCCCCAGAACCCCCAAGUCACAAGCUUCAGCGAGUCCAGGAGAAAGCUGGGAAGCCCCGCCGGGUCCGGGUCCGAGAGGAACUGUGAAUGGCUGAGCCUGCUUCUCAGGAUAAGGCCACUCAACUUGGGAAGGAACGGAUGAGAAGGCCCUGGAGGAUAUCAGGAACAUAGUAGCAUGCCAAGUCUACCAUCUUGGGGACCUACAAGGGCCACCAAGCCCUGGACUCACAAGCUUGCUACACAGACUUAGCCUACAGCACAUCAGGCCCGGGAGCCAGGUCUGGCACCAGCUGAGGGACCUACAAGGUCCCCGGGACAGACAAAGAUCACUAUGCNUCCCUGAAAGGCAUGUGGAGGAGUGCAGAGCAACUGAUUCUAAUAAGAAACACACAGAGGAGACAGGAUCCAUCCUCUUCCAACCUGUGCAAUAAAUAAAGAUCAUGAGGCUCUCCAGCCAA